UGUGAGAGAGCAAGACUGAAUAGCAAAGGUUUCUCUCUUUCUUUCCAAUCUCGUUCUAACCAAACACUUCUCUCCAGCAAGCAUUCCACCCAGUGAUCAAAGAGGAGAGAGAACUCAAAGGGUAAGAUGCUUAGUGCGUCCACUCUGACCCAGAUGCCCCCCAGCGGAGAGGACAGUUCUGGUUCUGACAGGGGGUCAGAGGUCAGUGUUCCAGCUCCAGCCACAGAGACAGACCGCUACGGCUUCAUCCUGGGGAAUGGAUCCACUGUCGGGAGUGAAGGCCCGCCCCCUGAGCUCAUUAGACAGAGAGAGACUAAGUGGAUCAACAUCAUCAGCCAAUGGGAUCGUGUCUUACUAAAGAAGUCCAGCAAGGUCAAAGAGCAGUGUCAGAAAGGCAUCCCAGCAUCCCUCAGGGCUAAAUGUUGGCCACUGCUGUGUGGCGCAACAAAAAGAAUGCACCACAACAAGGACCUCUACGAGACUCUGGACUCCAGGCCUGCCCUACAGAGCUGUGUGGACGUUAUCGAGAGAGACUUAGACCGCCAGUUCCCAUUCCAUGAGAUGUUCCUCUCCAGAGAUGGCCAUGGGCAGCGUGGUCUGUUCCGGGUGCUGAAGGCCUUUACUCAGCUGAAGCCUGAGGAGGGCUACUGCCAGGCCCAGGGACCUGUAGCAGCUGUACUGCUGAUGAACAUGCCUCCUGAGGAGGCAUUCUGGUGCCUUGUACAGAUUAGUGAACAGUACCUACCUGGCUACUACAGCCCCCUUCUGGAGGGGGUUCUCUUUGACGCGGCCAUGCUGACCUGGGUGUUGAAGAAGAUGUGUCCCGCAACUCACAAGCACCUGCAGAGACACGGGGUGGAGCCUCUGAUGUUCGCCACUGAUUGGCUGAUGUGCCUGUUCACACGUCACCUGCCGUUCAACACCCUCCUCCGAGUCUGGGACCUGUUCUUCUGCUACGGAGUGCGUGUGUUGUUCCAGGUGGCGGUGGUGUUGGUGCGCCGAGCUCUGGGCCGAGUGGAGCAGAGGGAGGAGUGCGAGGGCCAGAUGGAGACUCUGGAGAGGCUGAGAGGUGUGAGGGAGCAGGUGCAGCAGGAGGACGACACCUUCAUCGCAGAGGUGUGUUCUGUCCCCCUGUCAGGUAAGGAUCUGGAGAGGCAGACGGAGAAAGAGCUGGAGAAGUGGAUGAAGGAACGGCCCGCCUCCACCUUUGACCCCCGUGGUCGUUGCCACGGAUAUCGGAUGGCAUGGGCGAGGGCUCGAGAGAGGGAGGAGGAGAGGAACAGGAAGGAGAGGGAGAAAGAGAACAUGUCCCUCCCUCCGAUUCGCUUGCCCUUCCUCCUCUCUCUCUCUCCCUCACUCCUCCGCAAGAGGUGGGAGAGAGGGAGCAAGACAGACACAGGGGAGUGGGAGGGGGGAGGCAGAGAGGGGAGGAAGGUUUCAGAGGAGGUGUGGGAGGAGAGAAGCGAGGGAGGGAAUCUGAGGAGAGGAAGUGAGAUGGAUGGUAGUCCAGUGAGGGCUCAGGGUGUUCCGCUUUCAGCUACAGAGGACAGGGAACCAGUGGAACCGAGAGAACCAUUUGAACACAAAGAACCAUCAGAACAGGACAGAACCCAAAAGACCCAGCUGACCCCAGAUUCAGCCAGAGUAGCGUCCCAGCAGUGUGAGCUCACCUCUGACCCCAUCGUUACCUCACAAGGCCAGGCGGAGGAGCAGGGCGGUCUCAGCCAGUCACAGGAAACUAACCACAGUAAAGACACCAUGGAAACACAGGAAGUACUGAACAAACAGUCAACAGAGAGUGCACGUAUCAUCACAGAGCACAUAGUGACAGAGACAAAGGGUAAGGCAGAGAAACGCAAGGAGACAGAGACUCAUGCAGAAGCAAAGACAGAGGAGGAAACAGUGACAGAGAUCCAGAUUCACACAGAAGCCAAGACAGAGGAAGAAAUGGAGGCCGAGGUACAGAAAGGACAACACACAGAUAAAAGUGUAGCGACAGAGACAGAUAUGGGGUCAAAAACAGAGACUCAAACAGAUGUUAAUACAGACACUGAGACCGACAUGCAACAAGAGGCAGAUAUAAAAUUUGAGGCAGAAACAGACAUGGGGUCACUGACAGAGACAGAAAGAGACAAAGAGACUAACACAGAGACGCAUACUGACAAGGAGAUAGAGGCACGUACAGAGACACAGUCAUACAAAGGGAAUGAAACGGAGACACACACAGACAAAAAAUCUGAGGCAGAGAGAGAAGCAGAAGUAGAGGCACAUAGAGAAACAGAGGUAGAGGCACAUACAGAAACAGAGGUAGAGGCACAUACAGAAACAGAGGUAGAGGCACAUACAGAAACAGAGGUAGAGGCACAUACAGAAACAGAGGUAGAGGCACAUACAGAAACAGAGGUAGAGGCACAUACAGAAACAGAGGUAGAGGGAGAAAAUGAGUCAGCGAUGCACAUAGAGGCAGACACAAGAGUAGAGGCAGACUUGGGGUCACAGAUGGAGGCAGAAACACACACAGAGACAGAGAAAGAGUCAGAGAUAGAGGUACCUGUAUACACAGGGACAGAGACGCGCACAGAGGAAGCCACUGACACAAGCACAGGGAUAGAGCAAGCCACUGACACAAACACGGAGAUAGAGGAAGCCACUGACACAAGCACAGGGAUAGAGGAAGCCACUGACACAAACACGGAGAUAGAGGAAGCCACUGACACAAGCACAGGGAUAGAGGCGGUCACAGCGUCUCCAAAUGAAAUUCAGACACACACAGAGACAGCGUCAAAGACAGAGGUACAGUACACAGAGCCCUCUAGGAUAACACCAGCCAAUCAGAGCCAGGUUUCUCCAGAGUUGACCUCUGCUGCUGAGCCUGAGGGGGAGACGGACUCGUCAGACCAAACAGGCCAAGACCAGAAGAUUCCUGAAGAACCCCAGAGUCCAGUCACCAUCCAUCCAGAGGAGAAUCAGGAGACCCCGAACAUCAGAGAGAGUGAAGGAGAGAAAGAAGAGGAAGUAUUGACAUUUCCCUCUCAGGAAGCCUCAACUGACAUCCUUCCACCAUUACAUCAGGGGGAAUCACUGAAAGCUGACCUCCUUCUCAUACCUGGCAACCCAAAGUCACAAAGUAAGAGUGAAAAGAGUGAGUCUCCCCCUCCUGCAGACUCAAAGGCUGGAUCUGGCAACCUAGUAUCCACACACUCGGAUGACUCCUCCCAAAGGACUCCGCUCUGUGAUGGAUCCUCGGCAACCCCUUCUGGAGACUUCCGGCUCUGCAAGUCCGGAAUCUCCCAGAAGCUCACUCGGAGGCUCUCUGAAGAUCUCUUCACCGACCCCAACCAAUCACAACCCACCAUCACACACUCUAACCAAUCAAAUACAGGCCUCAUUCAGUAUGACCAACCACAACCUAACACCACAGCUCCCAUUCAGGUUCCAAAACACCCAGAAUCACCCCGACAAGUGACAGGGAGCAUCCCAGGCACUGUCCCACCUCAGACUGGGCCCAAACCAGGCAGAGGACCGACCGACACCCCUAGACGAUUUGGUCUCUUCCGCAGGCUCAAAGGGGAGCAGCCCAAACAGGACAGGGAGAAAGGUGAACCUAAAGUCCCUGUCCCCAAAAUCCUGAUCCAGGACUUUAGUGACGGGACAGGUGAGGGGCGCACGGUCAGGGGGGAAGAAGAGGAGGAGCUGAGCUCCAGAGAGAGGAGGAGGAGACGGAGGGAGCAGGAGAGGAGGGAGAAAGAGGAGGAGAAGUUACGGAAGAAGAGGCAGAAGGAGAUGGAAAAAGAGGAGAAAGAGAGAAAGAGGGAGAGGAGGAAGCCUCAGACGAGAGGGAAGAGUUUUCAGGUGCAACACAACAAUGUCCCCCUCCCCGGAAACAGCGGCUCACAGACAUUUGGUUCCAAAAGAAACUCUACUCCGUCUAUGGAGACAUACUUUUAA